AUGAUGCUAUUGAAACAAUUCACUGCGGUCGUGCUUUUCGCUGUCGCUGAGACCCUCGCAUCAUCCCAAUUUUCCGACCCACAAGACCCUUCAACCGUGAUAAUCAAGCAACCCGAUGAAGGUGCUGCCAGUAUUGUUAAAGCGUCAUAUGGCGAUGAUAUCGACUAUUGUUUUGCUCAGCUCUCCGGCGCCUGGGGCUGCUACGGUAUAAGUGACUCUCCUCUCGGUAGAUAUCAGGAUGGUGCCUGCGUCCCCCUUAAGGAGGGCAAUACCUAUGAAAUCUCUACAAUCUGCAACUCUGCCAAGAUCUCUCUCUUCUAUCAUGACAUUCCUGGUGAAGACGUUCAGUCUGUUGAACCAGUCGACGUCGAUUUCAACUGGGUCCUCGACUCUCCAAAGGCCGGCUUCCUAUACUUCGCCGAUGCCAAUAAGCGGGGGGAGAUUUGGUCACCAUUCCAACUACAAGACGCUCAAAUGCCAACGAGCUACAAGCUGGCGCCGGCUACUCCUGUAUAUCUCUAUUUUCCCCAGCCGAGCUCCCAUUCUCAAGAGACUUGGUCUCACCAUAAUGACUUGGUAUGA